GAUGGUCGAUCUCUAGCGAAUGUUCAAACUCAAGGUGGUACCUCAUCAACACCACGUCCAAUGGUUUCUCCAAAUGUACUUGGAGCGGCAGGUAGAGGAGGACAGACACAACACGCUGUUAGUGAAAUAUAUCCUUACGAGCUAGUGGAUCUGCUGCAUCAGGGGGAACCGCUGCACCUUCUAGUGGACCUGCAUCUCAGACCCAAUUUGGCUAAACUAUUCGACUUCAGCUUCAUGUUCAUUGAAUUUAAUACACCCCAAGAAGCCGAGCGUGCUCGAAAUACUAUGGACCGACAUCCCUUCGACGCCAAGCAUCGAUUUAGUGUCAAUCUCUUGACAGAUCUAGAAACAUAUGCAGAAAUGGAUGAAGCCUUUCAUGAACCAGAGCCGGAACCGUUCAAAGAACAUCUGAGAGCUUGGUUAGCUGAUCCAUACGGAAGGGAUCAGUACGUGACGUAUCGGGCAGAUGAUGUAACCAUCUUCUGGCACGGGAAGCCUACAUCGUCCGAAAUUGCUAUGGAGAGACAG